AUGUUUGCACUUCAACAACAAUACUGCCAGGAUGAGGUGACACACUAUCAGGUGGGACGCUACAUAAGUAGCAACGAGGCUUUCUGGAGCAUCUUUGGCUUUCCACUUCACCAACGACACCCUGCCAUCCAACAGCUUGCAGUGCACUUGGAAAACGGUCAAAGAGUGUACUUCACUGAUGCUAGUGCUUCUCUGUUGGCAGAGCAACCAAGGGAUAGCACACUCACUGCAUUCUUCAAGCUCUGUCAAGUGGAUCCAUUCACUCAAACCUUACUAGAAGUCUGCUAUCGACAAGGACUGUUAGAAGAUGGUGCACAAUGGGAUGCAACUUUGGGAGAGGCUGCUUUAUCACAAUCACCUAAAAGUCUCAGGGCACUAUUCGCAGUAUUACUACAGACAUGCGAACUGUGUGAUCCUGCAACUCUAUGGCUCAAGUACAGGGACAAACUGGCUGAAGACUUUCAGUGGCAAGCUCAACAGCUCUAUCCUGACAUGGAGGGUAUCAGCAAUGAAGUCUACAACAAAACUCUCAUUGACAUUGAAAACAGAAUUGCCACACUGGGUGGUAAUGAAUUAUCCACAUAUGGCCUGCCACAAACAUUCAGGUCAGGGUCAAAUAGCUUUCCUACUGCUGUCAUUCAUGAAACAUCUUAUGACACUCAAGCGCUUUCAAAGUACAUUGCUGAAAAAGAGCAUAAAUUACUUUCAGACCAGCUGCAGGCCUACACAACUAUUAUUAACAGUGUACGCCAAUGUGAUGGACGAAUCUUCUUCCUCGAUGCUCCUGGAGGGACAGGAAAAACAUUUAUAAUAAAACUUCUCCUUGCAGAAGUUAGGCAGCAUCAGGACAUUGCAGUAGCUGUGGCUUCCUCUGGGAUUGCAGCUACUUUGUUACCCAGUGGCAGGACAGCACACUCGACUUUCAAACUCCCUCUCAAUUUAGCAGCAUCCGACAUGCCUUCAUGCAACAUCACCAAAAGCUCAAAUCAGGGACAGGUACUUAAAAGGUGUCAUCUAAUUGUCUGGGAUGAAUGCACCAUGGCUUACAAGGAAGCUUUGGAAGCAUUAGAUAGAGCCCUGAAAGAUAUCCGAGACUGCCAUGCUCCAAUGGGAGGUGUUACGCUUCUGUUGUCAGGUGAUUUCAGGCAAAUUCUUCCUGUCGUUCCAAAAGGCACUAGAGCAGAUGAGGUCCAAGCAUGCCUAAAGUCUUCUACCCUGUGGCAUCGUUUCCAUCCUCAGUCUUAA